AUGUUGUUGUUUCCGGAGAUCUUGGCGAAUUUUAAUGAAAAAUUGGCAGAUAUAACAUCGAUUGAAGAGGAACUCAGUCUGAUGAACUAUCCAUGUGAUCAAGGCUAUUGGGGAAAGUCAUGUGAGCUCAAAUGUUCAAGUACAAAUACAGAUACAGCUUGUAAAGGAAAGAUUUUUUGUGUUUCUGAUCCGUAUGGAUGUUCAUGUCUUGCAUCACAAGGAGGAUUAGAUUGCAAUACAGAUUGUCCUCCUGGAAAAUAUGGAGCUGGAUGUACACAGACAUGUCACUGUACCAAUGGAUGUAAUGAACAAGGAAUUUGUAUUGGAAGUUCUGGUGAUUGUCAUGCAGGAUGGACUGGCGGAAAGUGUAAAAAUGGCUCCCUCAAAUUUAGGCGUUUCGUCAACCACAAAGUAAAUCCUGGGGAAGUUACCAACUUCUACUGUGAAGUCAGUGGUAAUCCUGUUUUUGACUCUAAUGACUUAAAGAUAUGGAAAUAUGGUACAAGUGACUACCUGACUCUAAACAAUACAGGAAGUAGUAAAUAUAUUGUCUUUGGAAAUUCUACCAGUGUUGUUGUGGAUAGUGGUGAUAUGUACUCCUGUGGUCUCCCUAGAUUUAAUGACACCAAUAAGCCAUAUAUAGAUGUUGUAAAUUUUGACCAGCUUACUGUGACCUGGAACAAAUGGACUACUAAUGAUAUUGGAGAUGGUCCAGUUGAAUCUUAUAAAGUAUACUACAGAGAGAGUGGUGAGAGUGACUGGAUAUCAGGUCAAGUUACACCAGUCAGUGAUACAAGUCAGAUGAGUUACACAUCAACCAUCACAGGAUUACAGUGGUCUACUCAAUAUGAAAUUACAGUGACUGUUAAAAGACCGGGUCCCCUUGGUGAAGGAAGUAAAGACAUAACUAUCACUGCAGAAACCAAGUGUGCAACCCCACAAGAACCAACAAUUGGGGAUGUAUCAUCACCUGGGUUGAAACAACUUGAAGUUCAUGUGCAGGUUCCUGAUAGUAGUGAUAUAAAGUGUAAAAAGGAUAGUGUGAAUGGUUACAUUGAUUACAUUGAAGUGAAGUAUAGAGAGACAGGUACCGCGGAUGAAUAUGAAACGGGAAAAAGAGAAGUUUACCAAGAAAUUGUAACGGGUACAAAAGUUAUCACAUUUACGGCUGAAUCAUUACUACCUUACACAGAUUAUGACGUCAUUGCUCUGCUUAGAAAUGCUGAUGCUACAAGUUCAGAGAGUAAUUCACUGACUGUUAUAUCACAUGAGGAUGUUCCUCAUGAACCUGCCAGCAUUGAUGUACAAAGUACGACUGAAAACAGCAUCAGAUUCACAUGGACAGAUCCUACCAUAUUCAGUGGUGAUAUUUUACAGCAUAGUAUAACAUAUAAAUCAACUGAGUCUGUGUACUCAACUACCGUGUUGGAGUCUAAGGAUAUACUUAUUGAGGGCAGUAUUCAUACGCACACUUUAGAAGAAUUACCACCAGGAACACAAUUUCAAAUAUCAGUGAGUGCAAGUACAUCAAAGGGAUUUGGUAAACCUAAAUCAAUUAUCUCUGGAACUAAAAUUGGUCUUGAGGUUUCUGGUAUUCUGGAGGAGCCUCAUGUGACAAAUGAACCAGUAUUCACGGAAACCACUGCUACCAUAGAUUUCAGAAAAUCGAGGUCAAAUACAGACAUAAAGACUGAUACAGAACUUUUGAGUUAUAUUGUUGUCGUAGAAGAGAAAAGGCAGAAGAAAAAGCGUGAUUUAGAAAAGAAUAUGUAUAUUACAGCAUCGUUUCCACUGAAUGAAAUCCCUGAUCAACUUAUAGUGGGUGACGGUAUGGAAUAUAAUGGUUAUAUCAAUAAACCAUUAACACCGGGACAACAUUAUGUCAUAUAUGAUGGGGUUGCAGUAUAUACUACAGGGGUGGAAGAAAUAUUAUUGACAGAUGAACCAAUAACAUCAUUUAAAGAUGGAGUAUUAUUAGAACAAAAUAGAUCAAAUCAAAAUGGUGAUAUUAUUGGUGCUGUUGUUUCUGUCAUUAUGGUUUGUAUAGUUAUUGCGGCCAUAUUAGUUGCAGUUUUUAUUAUAAGAAGGCGUCUAAGAAAACAGAAAAGAAGUAAUGAACAUGAAGCAAGUGGCCACAAUGUACUAUCAGAGAAUGCUUAUGUAAAUGUGGAUACUAUGAUAACAAGCUCAGAAAGGGAUAAUAUUACACCUUUCACAGAUAAAGAAACUGGUGAAUCUCAAUAUAUGAAUAUAACUAUCACGCCAACAAAAGUGCCAACUCCUGAACCAACCGAACCAACCAAGCCAAGGAGUCUUCCUCCAAAGCCAAAACCUAAAGCCAAGCCAAUACAUAACUCGCAGUACACAAUUCAAGUUAAAGAUUUGGCUGAUUAUGUUAUUAAGAAACGAGAAGAAAACGAUUUUGUUGCACAAUUUAAGACGUGUUUACUUAGUUCCGUUGCACUUCUGGAGCCGUGGUUGCGAAAUGAGGCCGUGUGGUUUCUGUAUCUUGUUUUGAACUCAUUACCAUUGUUGCCUAAAAGCGAAAAUACGGAAAUUUCCUAUGAAGCUGCCAGGAUUCCAGAGAACAAAUCAAAGAACAGAUUUCGUAAUGUUCUUUCUUAUGAUCAUUCUAGAGUGGUAUUGGAUGUGAUUAACGAUGACCCCAAUUCGGAUUAUAUCAAUGCUAACUAUAUUGAUGUUUGGUCUUGGUUUGAAGAGUUUGUAGUUGACAGUUUGAACGAAGGUCACACAAAAGGAGAACUUGGUAAUUCUUGGAAGCAAGUUGUAAUAACUCUGAUUGACAAGAAGGGAAAAGACCGUUAA